CUUUUCCAUUCAGAAAAUCCUAACUGCAUCUCUGAAUUUUGUUUUAAUAUUUGCAGUGUGCAUUCACUAUUGUGUAAUGCUUGUUUGUUUGAAUCAGUUACAAGAUAAGAACCGCCAGUGAAUUGUCACGUUAAGGAUGGCUCCGACUGGGAAGGCAGUAACGGGAUGUAAAAAGGCUAAAGCGUUAGAAUCCAUUAAUAGUUGCUUAGCUCUGGUGAUGAAAAGUGGGAAAUGUUCUAUUGGCUUACGGCAAACUCUUCGUCUCUUACGCAAAGGAGGAGCGAGAUUAAUAAUUAUUGCCAACAAUGCUCCUCCAUUAAGGAAAACCGAAAUAGAAUACUACGCGAUGUUGUCGAAGACAGGUGUUCAUCACUAUAACGGAACCAACCGCGAUCUUGGGACUGCGUGUGGGAAAUACUACAGAGUAAGCACUCUAGCCAUUGAAGAUCCAGGUGAUUCUGACAUCAUCCGUUCUGCGCCGCACGAGGCGGAAACAAAGUAAUAACUUAAUAAAUUUUCCACGAA